AGUCAUGUCUGUGUGGGCGGGAUUAUGAACAUCGAGCCAGUGCUCUAGUUUUCUCCUUCUCUGAAACAGAUGCUGCAGCUGGGUCAGUGUUAUGCUGCCUAUUAAUUAUAAGAGUCCAAAACAGCCUCAGCGUUCAGAAGAGGACAUCAACAUGUCUUCUUCUUCUUGACACCACGGAAAAGGGACCAAAAUAAUGUGACCAAACCAAGCUUCAACUUUCGACCACACGCUUUUAUCUCAAUUUUGUUAUCCGUCUUUUUUAAUGUGCUAAUGUCCGGCUAACCUUUCAAACUGCUCGUGCACUUCGCUGCGGUCGUCCUCAUCCAUCUGCUCGCGCGGAAGAAGCUGCGGCUUGUUGGUAAACACGAACCCGACCCCGGCGGCAAGGACUCCCUCUGGUGCAUUGAUGCACCCGUUUCAGUGGUGUAACGGUGAGCAGUCAUUUUAUAUUGUCCGAGCUGUGUUAAGGUAGGCCUCUCUGAUAGGGGCUAAUGUGCAAAAAUACAGUCUGUUAUUUGGGCACAGUGAAGCUCAGAUGGCAGGAGUGUAAUAGAGUGUAGACUGAGGUUUCUGAAUCACCCAGUGUUUCUAAAUUUAGACAUUUCCAUUGUAAGAACCAGAAAUACUGGAAAAAAAACACACACUCUCCUAUUGUGAGCUGUACAGCCUUUUAUGGUGAGUUUGCAUCAUUGUUUACCACCUCAUUUAGGAACAAUUAGCAGUAUAUCAAAAUGUUACCCUAGUGUUAUUGUCAUUGAUGUGUUUUUUCCAACACUUCCCAUGGGAAUUAAGGAGGGGAAGCCUAAAGGAAAAUGAACAAUAAUCCUAUAAAUGAAGCUUUAAUGAUGUUGUAUCUCAAGUGGAGUUAUUAGUGGUGAUAAACAGCAUUUACACUGAACCAUUUCUUUGUUUAACUACACCACAAAACCUUCAACAAUGAGAAGAAAAGAGACAAGAGACGAAUCACUACAAAUCUACUUCACUGUUCUUCUCUGUCUUAUUCAUACCAAAGUACCACAUGUUUCCUGGCUAAAUCUGUGUAAAUGAGUGAACUUUAUCACUUCUCUGUCAUGUGGCACAUGUGAAAUGAACUUGUUUUAUACAUGGUUUGGCCAUUUUUCUUUGUUUCCUUGUCACUUACACAAAUAGACUUGUAUCAGAUCGUGUCUUUAAGAUUGUAAAGAUAAGAUGUGAGACUGUUCAGAUUGUGUGCUUUCAUUUAUGUUACUCUGGGAGAACAAAGCAGAAUCAGCUGAUAAAUAAUGUUUAAAUGAUUUAUUGCUGUUGCUGUUACCAUGCUCAUUUUUAACAUACAGCUUUUUAAAUGUUUUUGUGGUAUUCCUUUAAUAGCCCUUUUAAAAGACUUUUUACUGUGAUAAAGAUGUUAACACUGCUAAUCCAAAUUUGUGUAUUGAUUAAUAGUGUGCUAAAUGGUUAAAUCAAUAGAGUCCUUCAUUUCCAUCUAAAUUAAUUCAACUGAGAGCCACACAAGGCCUGCUUUUGUGCUCUCCUUGAUACAUCUGGCCUCUGUGGGUAAUCUUGUUUACUCUGCCUGACUCUUAAUUUUCACUCCUCACUUUUACUCUUCUUGUCCUUCCUUGUGAAAAAGUCUAAACAACUUCUGCGUCUUAUUUGACAAAAUCACUGCUCGCGCACGCUGUCGCUUUUGUCCUUGUUUACUUUAGCAUGAAUCUGUUCAGCGCAGUGAAAUGAUGUGUGCCACUGAUGCUUUGCCGAGCGAAGACCAGGUGAAGAUGUCGAAUACGUGGUAUUUAGUUUUCUCCUGACUUUAUUGUUCAUUUGAGCGCUAAAGCAGCCUCCUCUGUGGUGGUGUUCAGACAAGAACAAUUACUCCCUUUGUGCUGCUGUUCAUGAGGGAAAAGCACACAUACACACACACAGACCCACAAAUGGUAUCAAAGAGUGACAUUCUGCUGGAAAAAUGAAGCAAUGUCGGGCAGUCUUAGCUCAGCGUCUCCUCUGUGUGCCUGUUUAUGUGUGAUCAUGCCCGUUUGUCCCUGUGAUUAUGCAUGACACAUGUAGAGCUUUCAUGCUUUCAGGGGUGAGUUUGGGGCUCCAACCUACUUUCUUCUUGGAUGAACCAGCAGCAGUCAUCAUGCAGGCAGGCUUGAGUGUUUUCCUCCCAUGUGAACUGUUGAAUAUUUGAUGGGAAGUUCUGUCUUUAGAGUGAGCAGCAGCAACGGCAGAAGCAGCUUUGUGUGAACGUGGCAGUAUAUAGGACAAAACCCCAGCAGGCAUCUUGUAGGGGCUGUCGGGAAAGCUGCCUCAGCCGAGAUAUUCUUCAGUUCCAUCAAAUCGCAGAGGGAUUUUCCUGCCUUUUGCGAACAGAAAAACAAGACUAUCUGACGGCUAUGGUGCAGUCUAACAAUUCUUGACGUUGUCCAAAUGGAAACCAUAGCUUGUUAGCUUUCACCCUUUUACCGCAUAUGUUACACGUGGCACCAUGGCAACGUAGAAGCAUCCUGAGUGUGCCAAUAUAUAGGUCAGUGGUCACGCGUGAGGGCUCCACCCGAAAGCACAAGUACCGUCUGCUUUGCAUGCAUACAUAAAUGGAGGAGAAAGACAUGAAUACUUAUCAAUCCAUCCAUACAGACAGACGGACAGUCAUGAUAUGACAACCCCACACAAAGACUGAGAUAUGAGUGACCCAGAUUUGGAUUGUAAGUCUGCAGUAGCUUCACAGGUGAUUUGUGCGAUCAGCUGUGCGGUGACAUGAAUACAUGAAAUGAUACAGACAGUCCACACCCCCACUCACGAUGUGUCUUUGUUUGCCGAAGGUCCUUAUGAAGCAGAAUGGUGAAGAAGAGCACUAGGUCUCUGAGUUUGCAGGUUUUUGUCUUCUGGUGUGUUCAACUUCCACUUCAGACAUUGCGGUCAUGAAUAUGUAGGCACCCAACCCAUGCUGUUUUUCAUAAGGAUAACGCUGGUUAUGUUAAACCAAGGAGCCCAAGUUCCCAUAUCUGUGGACUCCAUCAAACCAUCCUACUCUCUGCCUCAGCAGCAGCAUGAAGUGUGGCCGAAAUUUUGUCACAUAAUACUUUGAAACGACCACUGCCAAUCAGAGAUGAUCAAGUGAUUGUAACCUUUUUUAAUUACUGUGAAAACUGUCACAAAAUUCAGAUCUGUCUGGUGACAGUAAACAAAGUCGGACACUGGCCUAGUUGCAGCAUUGACAAGAUUUAGGAGUAUAUUUUUUGUUGACUUGAAAACAAAAAUCUAGCUCAAGACAAGUCUUUAUCAAAAACCUUGAUAGAGGAGAGUUUAACCAAGACCUCAGUAUUUUUUAAAUCCAGGCCUUAGCCCUAUGUUUGCCCCCCGAUUAGUGUAUAUCUAAUCUACAUUCUCAUUUGGGCUGUUAUGAGGAUCAGGCAAAUGUCCAGGUCUCUUGUAUUGAUCGUUUUUCACUGAGUGAGGUAAUUUAGGGGUCUUAGAUGUGUAUCCAUCAAUAAAUGAAGCAUCACUUCUCAUUCAGAGAGCGUGGAACUAAGAGGUGGGAUGUAUUGAUUGGCUCAUACCGCAAUUUCCACUGUGAGGCGGGAGAAAUGUCAAAUAGAAAUGUCACCGUGACACUUUGGCUGCAGGGGCGACCAGAAAUACCAGGAUCGAUAAAAAAAAACUCAGCCCCAAGAAAACAAUCUGUACCGCAGGGAAAUGAAGCUGGGAAAGGUCUCAAUUUAUUCCUCUAGUUCUCUGCCCAUCAUCCCUUAAUUCAUUCAUUCAAAUGUUAUUCUUAUCAUUAAUCCAUCUAUUCAUCUGUUUAUCUGUCCAUCAACCUUUGAUUCAUCUAUCAUGUAAGUCUGCCCAUCAAUCCAUCCAUCCAUCUAAUUUUAAUGUGACUGUUUGUCUAAUCUUGCACUUGUGUGUUUUGUGCUAAUCCAUCCAUAAAAUUGUCGUUUUACUCAUACAUCUUAUUCUAUUUUCUAGCAGUCUGUCCAUCUCCCCUUCAUCCUCCAUGAUCAAUCUAUCUUUGUGUCCAAGUAAAUGUUUCUACCAGUCAAUCUUCUAUUAAAGCAUCCAUCCAGCUGUUAAUCCAUUAACAAAUCACUUCAUCCAGUGAUCCAUCCCUUUACCUCUCUUGUCAUGUUACCUUCAUCCAUCCAUCAAUCGGAUCUCUUGGCCCCUCUUUGCAAUCAUUCUCCUAUUCAGGUCUUCCAUGCGACCAUCCAUCAAUCCAUCGAUCCUUUUGUCCAUAUAUUCAUUCCUCUAUUCUUUUAUCCAACCGUCUAUUUAUCAGUACAUCUUUCUGUUGCUUUUGAUCAACCCAUUGAUUUUCUUUCAUCCACUGAUCUCUUCAUCCAUCCAUUUUCUCUCCAAGUGGCAAUACUGAGAUCACUUUAUCCUACAAUUGUUCACCAAUCCAUCUAUCUAUGCAAUUAUUUUUCUAACACUUGAUUUUUCUAUCCUGUCUGGCCACCCAUUGGCCUGUCAUCUCACAUAUUUUUUAAAAGUCUCUUAAUCUAUGCUUCCCUGUAUCCGUACUUUCAAUCUCAAUCAAUUAGUCCACCUUUGAGCCCAAUACCUUGGUCCCUUUAUCCAACCAUCAAACUACCAAUUUAACAAUCAGUCAAUCAGACGGUCAAACCAUCAGUCAACCCAUCAGUCAACCCAUCAGAUUUUUCUAAAACUCCUUUCCUGUUCAGGGUUUUCACAGCUGCAGCCUAACCCAGAGUCAGUCAAUGUCAACAGACAACAUGAUCGCCACUACAGGCAGGGAAAUGUCUACUUUGUGUUGUCAGAGCAGAAAUGGCUCAAGAACAUUCAGCAGCUGGUGAAUUUGUUUUGGUAAAGCUCUUAAAUGUUUAGGUUGAGAUCCUAAAGUUUUUUGUUAUGACAGAAUGUGGUGAAAUAGCCAUAAAUCCGGAGCACCCCAUUUAAGUUCACCAAUACACAGUCUAAUACAUCAGACCAUCUGUCAUUUAAAAUGAAGCCGUGUUCAAAAUUAAAUAAUUUAGACUUCCUGUCAGUUUUCUUCUUCUUCCUCUCUCAAUGUGAAGAGGUUCAUAUCAGCAAACUGUGAUGAGUCUUGUGUCAUCCCAGAUUCACAAUCACUCACAGGGUUAGUGUGACCCUGUUCUUACAAAGCCCCCUCUCACAUGCAGAUACUGAAUACUCAUUACUCAUCCACCAGUGUGCUCUCUGUAUCUGUGUCUUUGUCAGUCUAAUCUACGACUGUCUUGCUGCGUUACUUUCCUGAGAAUUAUGUCUGGUCUCAUUUUAUCGCCACAAAAUAAAAAAACAACAAAUAAACAAAAAUAGAGUUAGCAUUUUACACUGCAACCUGGCUAAAGUCAUGAUACAUUUAGCCUUCAUUUCCCAUCCUCCUCCUCCUCCUCUCUCCCUCUGACCUUAACAGCAGAAGGCUGUGUUACAGUGAUAAUCUAUUUCGAAGUAAAACAAAGAGUGUAACAUCAAAUCAGGAAGGAUGAGACAAAAAACAACACCUUUAAUGGGAAAACCAUCUGUUUGGAUUGGAGCACACUCUAAACGUCUCCUUAAAAGCCCUCAGUUGAGGACAUGGAAACAUUAUUUUUACACUGAAAGCUGUUAUAUAUGGAUAGAUCAUCACCCUGAAUUGUGAGAAAACGCAACCAUGUUGCCUGGAAACCACAACAACAGUGAUUAAUGUGCCUAAGUGUGACUCAAUCGUUAAACUCAAAAAAGGAAGCAGUGUCUGUCUGUGCAUGUAGGUGUGUGCAAAACUUUAAUUUAUGGCUUUGAUUGUGUGUUUCCUUCCACCUGUGAAGUUAACAUUUCAUUUCCACUCGUGCUUUCUCUGUAAUUGUGUUUUUUAUAUCCUCCCUUUGUCUCUUUUCAGGGUGCUUCUGUGGUCUGGGACUGGUUUACUCCAACAAGACGUGCGCCAUGCAGCCCAUCACCUUCCAGAACCUUCCACUCAACAUCUACAUGGUCAUCUUUGGGACUGGGAUCUUUGUUUUCAUCCUGAGCCUUAUCUUCUGCUGUUAUUUCAUCAGGUGAGGAGAAACCAGGAACAGAAAUAUUUGACAAGAAAACAAUAAACCCCUGAAAGUCCAGCUGAGGGUUUUUACAAACCUUUUGGUACUUUCCUCUGGUACAUUUCUGGAACACAACAUUUGCUGCCUGUAAAAAAAAAAGAUUAAAUCAAAGUUAGGCCUCAAGUCAGUCUUAGGCUCACUGCUGGAAACUGACAAAUCUGACUCUGAGGAUGCUUAUUCACUUUGCUAUGUAGCUUCAAGGACCAUGUAUCUCAGCUUGAGACACCUAACAAACCUCCUUUUGUUCAGCAUGCUCAAAAAGACGGCUACAUGUUAUAAACUAAAUUGGACGAAAAAACAAUGCAGGCUUGAUUUUACAAUAUUUCUCCUGGGGAUUAAUAAAUCUGAAAUACCGGGCUUGUACAACAAUCCUAAAAGUUUGUGGGGUUGUGCUUUAAGUUCAUAACGUUAUAGUGUUAAGUUGAAACCUCUACAAAGCACAGCUAAAGCUUAUGGGUCUUGUAAACCAAAAUCCUUGAAAAGACUAAAUUUAACCUCAUAUUGGCACUGUGUGAAACCAAUGCAACACUGAAGUUAUGAAGAGAAUUCACCCUCAGGUAACACCAAGUGUACGUACAAAACGUUUCUGCAGGUGAUCUCAUACAGUUGAUGUUGAGGCUGUUAAGAAAUGUUGGUCUGAAGUAGACCGAUGGCCAACGUUGCCUCAGUAAGAGGGAGAGAAAGAGAGAGGAAGGAGAGGAGGAAAGAAAAAGGGGAACAGGGUGACCUCUCUGUCUAUUGACGGUAAACUCCCACAUGAGCUGAAGGGAUAUGUGUGUCUGAAGGACAGGAUAUGAGGCAACGGGAAGCUGACCGUCACAAUGUGUGAGGAUGGCAGUGAGGAAAACUGUAGAGAGACUUUGUUCAGAAUAAACAUGGCCUGAAUAGCACACAGUGGGAGUACACAGACAAAUCGAAAAUGAAUGAAUGCAGGGGGAGAAACCUUCACGCAGAGUCUCAGCACCUGCAGAAAACUUCCCUUUACAUGACUAAGCAUCCUUGAUGGAAGGAUUACCGGAUAUUAUAUCAUCAGAAAAGAAUAGUAGACUAGAAUAGAUAAAAGUGAAUAGAAUAAAAUAAUAUAUUUUAAACAGAAUAUAUUGAAAAAAAUAUAUAAUAGAAUAUUAAAGAAUAUAUAGAGUAGAAAAUAAUAGAAUUGAAUAUAUAUAAUUGUUAAAAUAGAAUAGAAAAAAUAGAAAAAUGAAUUUCCCUUUGGGGUUCAAUAAAGUCCUUGUAUCAAAAGAAAAGUUCCUGUUAAAGAAUAAAAAUAUAAGGACUAGAAUAGAAUGAAAUGUAUAUAGAAAAUAAUAGAAGAGAAUAUAUAUAAUGUAGUUGUUAAAAUAAAAUAGAAUUGAAAAAUACAUAUUGAAUAGAGAAGUGAAUAGAAUAGAACAUAUUGAAUAAAAUAGUAUAUUUUGAAUAGAGUAGAAUAUAGUAUAUUGAAUAAGAAAUAGAAUAGAAAGGCAAUAUAGAAUAAAAGAUAAUAGAAUAGACUAUACAAUAUAAUUGUUAGAAUAGAAUAGAAAAAUCUGUAAAUCUUUACAGCACAGGUAAGUUAGUAUUUUUGUCCUGUACAUAAAGAUUCAUCCUGUUUGGUGUGUUAUUUUUGUUUAUGUAUAGCUGUGAAAAUGAGCCAACAUGCUGUUUGAAAAAUCAGCACAAUGUACAUCACUAAAAUUUUGACCUAGUAUCUUUCAGGCAUGAGGCACAUUUUGCAAGUGUUUCUGUGUUUGCUUACUCUGCAGCCAAUUUCUUCUCAACAUUUAGAUUCCAACCAUUUCCAACUCCAACAGCGAGUGAAACAGGUGGUUGUGCAAAAGCUUCAACUCAGUAAAUCCAGUUGAAAGAUGGAGAGCAGUUUGUGAAAGUUUAGUCCAGAUCUUAACUCUCCCAAACUGGCUGUGCAUCUAAAAAGAGGGAAUCUGUUCCAGUCAUGAGGAAGUUAUCAAAGUAGAUAUUAAUGUGAGUGGAUUUUACUAAUGAGAUGACCUGAAACACACGUCAUAGUCAUUAAAAUUGUCUUUUAUCAAUGUUCUCUCAUUUACUGUUCUGAAACUGUUCAUCAUAUUAAUAUUCAUGUGAUGGUGAAGUUAACCUGAUUUAAAUCAACCAUUUUUCUUUUGCACAUCAUGAAACAUCGAUAAGGUUACAUUUGCCACAACACUCAUAUUAAUGAGAGCUGUCUCUUUUUUUACCUCUUCCUCUUGUGUGUACUUUCCCCAUCUGUAGAUGCAAUUUCGUUGUGACAGUGUGGCAAUUGUGACAGUGACAAUAAAAGCAUUCAAUUCAAUUCAAUUCAAUUCAAUUCAAAAUCCAUAAACUCACUUUCAUAGUUGAUUGAGGCCUUGUGACUUAAAGUCUGUGGAGCGCACCUCAUAGUCAGAUAUAUUUAUAAUCUACUUAUGAACUACUCAGCUGUGUGUGAGUAUGUGUGAAUAGGAUUAGUUUGCGCUGGUGGUCCCAACCAAUAGCACUCUCUGCCGUCAUUGUAUGAAUGCAGUGUAAAUGGGUAACCGAGAAGAGCAUGUGCUGUGAAUGGUUGGAAAGACAAAUAUAGUGCUGAAGAAGAAGAACUCCAUUGAACGAUUUCAUGGAAGGAAAUGAAUGAAAUCUAUCAUUGAUGAGAAGAGAUACAGCACAAUGGGGAAACCCUGUGUAAUGAUGAACAAAACUUGAAGGUUCUUUGAAUUCUGAGAAAUGAAUAUCCAUUUCAAGCUUUUUUGUCAAUAUCUGAGCUAUUUUUACAUUGCUUUUACUCAGAAAGAAACUCCUGCGCAGAAAUAGUCAGAUCAGUCAAUAUCAAACAACAAAAGCAAGCCCCACAGGUUCAUCCUUGGCAUAUCUCAUGAUUUAGUUUGAUUUAUUAAGAAUGAGGAAUGCAGCUUUAACGUGAGGCUGUUUUCUGUUAUCUUAAAUGUUUCAUUAGGCCCUAGAGUUACAGAUAAAUUUACCAUCAGUUCGGUCAGAAAAGCUCAAAUCCAUCCUUGAUUCUCUUCAAGCACUUAUCUUUGAAUCAUAACUAGUGAAUCACUUCCUUUCGGACCCAUUAACAGGCUGAAUGUUGUCUUGGGUAGACGUGUGAUCGUGAAUUCAUUCAUAGGCUGACUGAUUUAUUAGAUGAACGCUGCGGUGCUCUGCUGGGUGCAGCUUUUCUUAUUACUCCUCUCAGACAUACUCACUCUGUGAUGUUUGAUUUGGACUCGGAGGGAGGUGGCUUAAUUAAAAAAAAAACUUCAAUUCAUGUGUCUGAUGGCUGUCCUUUAAUCGUACAAAGUGAUUAUGCCACAUCUCCUAAAAAGCACCGAGAUCUGAGUAGGAUUUGAUGAUUUGUAAAGCACAUUGUGUGCCCAGCUUUCAUAUUCAAAAUGUUCUGAUAACAGCGCAAACAUGUUGAUGGCUGCAAUACACGUACAUCGUACUCCUUCAGUGAACAAAAGGGAAAAAUAAUGAGAUUGGGAAAAAGACACAAUAAGUAAUAAACCGAACUAAAAAUUGAAUAACCUGAACCCUUGUGUGCUGUAAUAGGCGGGGGCACAUGCAGCUCAUAGUGAGUCUGAAUACAAAAUGGCCUUUUCAGCUUUUAGAUCACACAUCCAAUUUUAUUAUGCACCAAUAUUUACAAUAAACACCCCUUUUUACUCUUAUUCUAAAAUCCAACUAUUGCUGCUUCUUGUCAUACAGACAUUAACAUGAGUUAACUCAAAGCCAAACAAGAUUGAUGACAUGUCUCCACCUUAUUUCAUGCAAAAGCAGCAAGAAUCCUCUAUGUGACAGACACUGACAUAUUGCCCUGACACUGACUGGCUGGUGGAGCCGUGGUAUUGAUGCCCCACUCUUUUCCCGACAAGCAAAAUACCAAGGUUAGCCCCAGAACUGCCCCUUGUGAGGUUUUAAAGUGGACACUUGUGCCAAUGAUCAGUGAUUCUUGUGUUCGUGUUGGGCUCCAGCCUUUCCUCCUCUGCACUGUUGAUAUUGUGCACACAGUGUGGUGGGAGCCACAUUUAUCAACAGAGCUGUUAAUCUUGGCAUCAUGCAGUUUUCUUAGCAUCAAACAACAAAUUAACACUGUUGGAGAGAAAAAAAAAACAAACACUCAGACACACUCCAGCAUGAUAGGAAGAAGGUGGGUGGUAAACCCACGGGUUGGUUGUCAUGGUGCUGAUUACAGCCCAAUCUAAAGGUGCUCUUUCAUCAUGGUCAUAUCAGACAUUUGGCCUGAUGCAAUACUCAUUCCUAGGGUGAGACUUUUUGUUAUUUUUGUCAGGGGAAUUUUUCCUGCAGGUGUUUUUUUUAUAUUAAAAGUUUCAUGAUCAUUGGGCAUUUGCAAAAGUGGAAGUUUGUGGCUGUGAUUUAAGCCUAGUUUCAGCCAGACAGUCAGAGUCACGUGGUUGCCAGAACAUAAUCUUUGUCAAGAGGUCAGAUGAGGCUGGUUGUCACACACUUACUCAAGCUAGCUGUUAGAAAAGUUUUGACAUAUUAUGUAACCCAGGAGACUUCCAGCAUAUUUGGUGUUGGUGUGACAGCCAACCCUAGUCUCCAAAAAAUGGUAUUUAAGAACAAAUACAUGACCUGUUUCGAUUUUAAAGUUUGUCCCAGUUGUUAUCAUGGAGUUUAUGGCCGAUGCUGCAGCCAAUUAAUAAGGCCAGCUUUAAAUAUUAUCCCUUUAAAGCCUGAAACCACAAAUUAUGGCCAGAAAAUUCAAUUUUUUUUGGAGCUGAAAUGUUUAUUUCACUUACUACUGAAAACCAAAAAAAUCAAAAUGUCCUUAAAAUGUAUCUUGUUUGAUACAUUAGAUGUUUUUGGAAACUAAUAAACCACAAGAGGACAUUUUUAUCAUUUAUCAGACUGUAUUCAGGUGUUGUUUUUAGUAAUUUGUUGAUCAUAUUGAUUUGAUAGAAGUAUCACAAAAGUAUGUAUCAAAUAUGAUACAAAAGGAAAUAAAUGGUUGAUGCCUCACUUUUAGAUAUUUGUCAUGUGGAAGGUAGUAAUGAAUUCAUACGAUGAAUCUGUGUGCACUUUUUUCAUGAUAUUCACAUGCAUACUUGAAAAGUGACAAUUUUCAGCUAUCUUUGCGUGUGUAGGCAGUCACCAUCACAAACACAGAAUUUUUCAAAUGAUGAAAUAUUUUCAGCUGACUACUCCCUGCAUGUGAGUCACAUUGUUGUCACUUAUCAGACUUCAGCUGCUAAUAACUAGUGUAUUGUUUUCGUAAUGAAAGGGUAUUAUUCGAAGGAGUCACGCAGCAGCUUUUGCUGUCAAACAGAUAUAUAAAAGACCUUGUGUCUUUGCACAGACAACACGGAGUGAGUGAGAAUAGAGACAUCAAACCACUCGAGCCACUUUUCCCCAAAUAAAUGUACUGAUUCACUUAAUUUCCUGUCAGCGGUCCUUGAGACUAGACCUGUGCAAUCACUGGAAGAAUUCAUAUCCCAAAGGAGAGAGAGCGGUUUCUACUGCUUAAUAGGAUUGUUCAUCAGCUGACAGGAAACAUAACUGCUAGUAGUAACUUGUUAUUAUUAGAAGCUGCUUCUGCGAGCCCCCGCGGCUCCAUAAAACCAGAAACUGUCACUCAGAUAUUAUCUCACCCACCAGGGAUUGGAAAGCAGACUGAGAUUGAGGAUAAUGUACGGAGACGGCUUAACCCAAAAUGCACUUACAGCGCAGAGGUGAGGCUGGAGCUAGUCUGUUAACACAUGUAGAGACGCAGCCGUACAGUCCGCUGCUUAUCAGGACAGAGACAUCUAUUAGGUCAGUGAAAUCUGCAGGAAAAGUUUUAGUCUGAGAGGAGAAUUAUGACAGUUGUAGCUGUAAUUCUGAUUGAGUUCACCUGCAAACACAACCGACUGACCAUAUCACACUGAUAAGAGUUAGAAACGAUUUCUUAUUGAGUUGUAUUUCCAAAUAGAACAAAAAAAACCUGAAUUUAUUCAUAUGAAACUAGAAAAAAAUAAAUUCUCCUGUAAUGAGUAAGCAAAACUGUGACAUAUCAUUCAUGAGCAGUAAGUCUGGAACUUUAAGGGAUAUUCCAGCGUAAAAUUAAGUUAGGGUCAAACACACCGUUAACACCGAGUUAGACACCCCGCCGAGAGAUGGGGAGAGAGUCCAUUGACUGCAGCGGGGUGACGCAGCUCAAGGAAGAACAUUUAUGAUCAUUACUUUAUCAUUUCCUCAAAGUAAUAAUCACCAUAUCUAUCAUUUUGUACUGCAGACGUGGUAGUUCUUCUGCCUUAGCGUCUCAAUCUGAUUCUAUUUCCAUGAAGUAAUGAUCAUAAAUGUUCUUCCUUGAGCUGCGUCCCCCUGCUGCAGUUGAUGGACUUGCCCCCGUAGGUCUCGCUACAAACAAGUGGCUGCUGGAGGAGAGUGGGUAAGUUGUGUUUAGUCUCUUUGCUAAAAAAAAACAGGCAAAGCUAAAAAGAUGUUUGGUGGCUAGUACUAUGGCUGGGACCCUAUGUGUACUGUUGAUGAAGUUAGGUGCUGUUCUGAGCAUUAUUUGUGGCUAUAGAGUGGCGUUCUGGUUGAGCACAUGGCUCCCUGUAUUGCUAUCUGUGGUCGUUACUAAAGUUGGUAUAACUAGAGAAGCAAGCGGUCGGCAACAACUCUGUGUUGGUGUGUUUGACCCUAACUUAAUUUUACGACGGAAUAUCCCUUUGAGAGGCUAAUACUCAACAAAUACAUGUAGGAAGAUGAUGAAUAAUUUAAUGUGUUUGUCAUCAAACCCUGUAAUAAUAGCUUUUUCUGCAUUAUAUCAUUCACACCUGUUGAAUCAUUGUUACUUAGAAUAAGAAAUGCUCCAGAGUUACUGAAUGAGGAUUUCUAUUCUUGCAGAUGAAGCACAAUAGACAAACUAAAACCCUAAAAUCAACGCCCUACCUCCCUCCCUUUCACCCACAUCACUCCAUUCUGCAGCCCUGGGAAACCUCAGCACAUGUUAAACGCGUAUCCUCACAUUGUUCUGCCCGGGAGACUGUAAGCUGCAAUCAGAGUAAACAAUAAACCAAAUAACAAAAACAAUGAAAAACUGACAUUUCCUUACUUAAAGCAGCAGUUUUUACACAUUUUUCUAGGAGAAUCAGAUCACAAAUAAAAUCCCCGCUUUAAUCUCAGGUGUUGUUCCUGCAUUUGGUUUCAGGCUCAAUUUUCAGACAAUGACAGAUGUUUGUGUCUAUGUUUAGUUGUGUAAAAACAGGAGGCCAAAAAUAACCCCUGGAGCAGACACAGCUCGCCAAAGCGAUAAAGAUCUCCUCUCCAUUGUUGGUUCAGGGGUGGUGCAGGGAUUCAAAGAGGCAACAUACUCAUUAGCUGUGUGUGUGUGUGUGUGUGUGUGUGUGCGUGUGCGUGCGCAAGCAUUUGCUCGUAGUCAGAGGGAUUACUUGGAAACAAUGUGUGUGUUCCUGCAAAGGAUCAUGUAUCUGUACAUGACUGUGUGUUCACUGUAGUGCCCUGAGAGACUUUUAAUGAUCAAAGUAUAUCCUGCAAUUACACAAUGUCCUAUGACUUAACCUCACAAACUACAAUCUGGGCACAAAUCAGCGAAGAGACGUGCGUAGUACACAAAUGCUAUACACAAGUAUGAUAGUUUCAGGGCAAAUGUGUCCUCAUUUCAGAGAUAAUGUUGUAAAAUAAGGAUUAAACCACUCUGAAAAGGUCAAUGUGUUAUCUUAAGGUUAUUAUGUGUAGUGUGGAAGUUCAUCAUUUGCAAAGUUAGUUACAUUUUUGUUCUCUCCUUGUCCUCAGCAAACUACGACAUCAAGCCCAGAGUGAACGCUUUGGAUACAGAGAGGUAAAACUGAGGCUUAUUAAUAUUUAUGAUACUUAAAGGUCCAAAUAAUUAAAAACAAAACUUCUCCAAUUCUCAAACGCCUUUUUUGUUUUAAUUACCUACAGGUGGUUUUAAAAGGAGAUCCGAUCAAAUUAAUUCUUCACGGGGUAAGUAUAUGAUUCUUGACGAUGCACAGAAAACAACAUGAACACAGAAAAACCUUCAGUGCUGUUCAGUAACGUCAUCCAGUGACCAUCCUCUGACUGCUUCUUUCUUCCCAUCUGUCUCUACACAGCAGACUUGCGCUGUGUGUCUGGAGGACUUCAAAGUGAAAGACGAGCUGGGGGUGUUGCCAUGCCAACAUGCUUUCCACAUAAAGUGAGUAUGGUAGACCAUGGCAGAGCCUCUCAUCUUUGCAGUUAAAAAUGAAAAUGUUUGUCUUUGAACCGAAGCUCGGUGAUCGAGAGUUAGUUUUUGGUCAAGUGUUCCUGCAGCGCAGCACUGCUGGAGUUCCUCUUCAAAAAGGCUGGGUGGUAGAGUAUCCCAGCAUGCACUUGGUGGAUAGCAUUAAAAUUGAGACCGUGUUAGAUGAAAAGGGAAGUGUUUUUGAGGUGCCAGUCCUCACUUUUUAAAGACCUCUUAAAAGUAUUGAAAGAAGUUAAAGUAAAAAUACGGAUUACAGAAAACAAACCUGGUUCAGAUCGAAUAUAAAUUUAACAUUUUUAAGUGUUUAGCCUCUCAGUAUUAUUCUUUCUAUUGCUUGAUUCCUUUAAACCAUCUAUUCAUUCUAUUAAAGAGAUUCAGAUCGCAUCUAAAUCAAUUCCCCUUUUUUCACAAGCAGAAAAUUUCCAGAAUUCUUCCAAAAGAAAUUGUUUAACAAUUUGUUAGCUCAAAGAACAGUUAUCGAUCGGUCUAAUAAACUGAUUUAUUGUUAAAGCUGAAAUGUUUUCUACUUCUUCUAGGCUUAUUUCGUGUAAAACAUCAUGUUUUAAAAGCUUACUGAGUUUCAAAACUUUUUGUCAGUCAGAAAGAACACAGUGGUUGGACUUGAUUGUGACCCAUAUGUAGACGGGAGGCAGGACAGGAUCCCUCUAGAGUGUGGACACUUUAGGUGGUGGAGUGAAAAAAUAGAGAGAAAGAUAAAAACUCUCUAAAUCUCCCUCAGUAUUCCUGGAGGUGGAGGGUUGCGCAAUAGCAGGUCUGACAGAGAAAAUAGCAUCGAUAUUUUAAGACUGCAGGAGGACCGUAGGCUGAAAAAUCAUUGUGAGUGUCAGCAUGUAAAUGUGGGGAUAUUGACGGCGCAGGAAAGUAGAAGUUCUGUGAAAAAUAGAGCAGGAAGUCAAAAUGAUUUUUUUGUCAUUCAGUUGUAACUGGAGUUCACUUCUACAUUACUGUCCUUUUGCUCUUAAGUUCAGUCUUCACACUUUUCUUUUCACAAUAUCUUCAUGUGACAAGUACCGUACACUGAACUUAGUUUACACUGGCAUGAGUAACAACUACUUUGAACAUCUGUAAUUUAACACAAGAUAUGAACAGCCUGUGAAAUAUUACACACAAAUACAUGAAUAUAAAAACAUUUCAUGCACUUUUACUGGAAACUGUUGGAGAGUGUAAUUUCUGGUUUUACAACAAACUUUUCUUUUGACAGUCUACAAGUCUCACAGGUAGUUUUGUUUUGAAGGAUCAAAAUGAGCCACAGAGGGCAUCAUCUUGAGGGACAUGAAGUGAAAAAAGUACCUUCUCCUUGUUGGACUUCUCCUUGAAUGUCUCCUCUGUCUUUUUCAUUUGACUGAUGUCUUGAUUGUUGCGCAGGUGUCUGGUAAAGUGGCUGGAGGUACGCUGUGUCUGCCCCAUGUGUAACAAACCCAUAGCGGGCCCCCCGGAGCAGCACCACAGCAUAGGGACUCUUCUGGAUGAGUUGGUGUAACCCUUUCAUCUCCUCACUCGCCUGGAUGGGAUUCUUUGGUCGAAACCAGCUGGUCUGAGUUACCAGCCAUCAGGAAGAAGGGAAACUGUUAUGCAUUUGAAAUGCAACAACAACAAAAAAAAAAUGCCAACAUGACGACAGUAAAUUGGGGUAGCCUAGUUACCACCCAAAGAAGGACUUUAAAAGAUGCUGUUGCUUGGCAACCACCAUCUCAGAGAUGGCAGCACGACACCUUGUAGUGUCUGAGAGAUUAUCUGCAGCCUCCCACACAUCACUACAUCACUCUUCUUUCAUCAUUCCCCUCUUCACCCACUCCACCACAUCUCCCUCUGCAGCCUCCAGUGAGGUUAAUGACACAGCCCGCUCAAGUGGAGGAGAUGCCACUAUCACAGUGAUGUUUCAAAGUGAGUGUUGAAGGACAACCACAGGAGAGCGUGAAUGAGUGUUGAUUGCUGUGAUGGUCAUCAAAUGAAAUAUCAAUGUUUGUUGAGGUUAUUAAAACUCUGGUUAAAGCUUCUGUCAGGGGUUUUUAGCAGAUUUUAAAACAGACGUUUCUGUAAGACCCACAAAAGCAAACAUGACUAUCAGCUGAGAGAUUGGUCAUUUCUAUUUGGCUGUUUUUAAUCCUUGUAAACGCUGCCACAAGGGGACAGGUGCCAGAAAAUACAAUUUACAGCUAGCUGAAGGAACGACCUUUUUUACGUUUAAGCAGCAAAUGUUUACAGUGAUUGAUAGAUUUGACCUUUAAGAUGGAGCAGGGUCAGACUUGUCAGAAAAUACUACUUGUUGGGUGAAUGGGACAAAAUUAGCCAAGAUAUAGUGCAUAACACUUUGUCCACAGGGGGUGCCAAAAUCAACACAUUAUGAAAGCCCCUCAAAGAGAAAUAGAGCCAUAGAGACAAAUGGAUGUUUUCUGCUCCUCAGAGUAUGUUUACAGUAAGUUUCCUGCUCACUUUACUAAAUUCUUGGUUGAUUGAAUCAAGCGUGCAACAGGGAUGUGUGGAAACAAAUCCAGUUAAAGUUCAAAACAAUGUCAAGGACAAAGACGUUGUUGUAUAAAAAGAGCUUUUUAGGACACUUUAAACCUUUUUUAGAGAUUUGGCCCUCAGAAAAUUGAAUAAAUGUCACCCUAGUUAAAUUUUGUGAGAAAAGAUGGAUGCCUGUUUUUCCUUUGUCAUAAAAUCAUUUAUAUUUCUCACUAUAACUAGAGGUAAUGUGUAGCAAAUACAUACAUCAGCAUUUUCUUCCUGUCGUUUCUCACAAACCAGUAAAGUUUCUGCCGAUAUGUUCUGACACAUACUGAUGUGUGGAAUCUAUUUUUAUGGGGAUCUCAUGUGUGACUUUGCCACAGGGGUGUUUUAUUGUUCAGACAUGUUUAUAUUGUGUUAAUAUAGAUGGAAGGAUCAACACCUCCUGCCUCUAGCUGUAACUGUUUGGUUCAUUGUUCAAAUAUGUUGAAGAUUUCUUUUGAAGAUAUUGCACUUUGAAUUCAUGAAAAAGGAUUCCUUGUUUUCUUUGAUAGAAAAAAGUCUGUGAAGUAUCAGAGAUGCUGCGUUGUUAUCUAAAGAUAAGGGAAGCAGCCGUACAGUCAGUGUUGUUCUGUGAAUUCAUCUGAGAAGCAGCCAAACCUCACUUUCAUUCACAGUAAUUAUUUUGUGGUAUUACUGCAGAUGGAUUCUUUUUUUUUAUAUAUUCUGCUGAAGUAAAAAAGCGAAACACUGCCUAAAUUUAGCACAAAAAUCACAAGCACAUUGUUGUUUAAUGACACCACAUACACACAGACAGACAUGCACAAUCACUCACACAUACACACACAUGCACACAGGUGACACUGCUGCAGCCACAUGAAGUCAUGUGCCAAAAAAAAGGGAAACCAGUCUCUUCUGUUGCGUUUUCAACCCAAAACUAAGCUCACUUUAAUUCUGGCCACAUUCCACAUUUUGUAAUUGAACAUCUGUAAAUAACUUGAAAAGAAAAUAAUAAAUACAGUUGUCUGUUUUGCUCAGCUGUCUGGAUUGU